AGGGGUCUUUUGUCUCUUUGCCGUCAUAUACCAAGGGAAAUUGUUUCAGAUUUCCGGCGGGAAAGAGUUCAUUGCCGGACUUGGCGGGGAACCUUCGAGUUUCGGAAUGGUAGAUGCUAAAUUGCGUACAUGGAUUUAUGCUCUGAUUUGUUUGCUGAUAUUUCUGAAAGCAGAAGGGUACUUUGUGGACAUCACGUAUGUUGAAAGUGCCGUGGCCAAAGGAGCAGUUUGUUUGGAUGGAAGCCCCCCAGCUUAUCAUCUGUCUCCAGGUUUUGGAUCAGGGGUGAACAAUUGGUUGGUACAUAUCGAGGGAGGUGGAUGGUGCAACAAUGUAACAACUUGUUUAGCCCGCAAAAGCACCCGUUUAGGCUCUUCCAGACAAAUGGUGAAACAGAUUGCCUUUUCUGGGAUUUUAAACAAUAGGCAAACAUUUAAUCCAGACUUCUACAAUUGGAACAAGGUCAAGGUUCGCUACUGUGAUGGUUCAUCAUUUACGGGAGAUGUAAAGAGAGUAAAUCCUACCACCAACCUUCAUUAUAGAGGAGCAAGGGUAUGGCUUGCUGUUAUGGAAGAUCUACUUGCAAGGGGAAUGAGCAAGGCUGAAAAUGCUUUUCUCUCAGGCUGUUCCGCCGGUGGAUUGACAUCCAUUCUACACUGUGACAACUUCCGUGCCCUUUUACCAUUGGGUACCAGAGUUAAAUGUCUUUCAGAUGCUGGUUAUUUUAUCAGUUUGAAGGAUAUUACUGGAACAGAACACAUUAAGGCCUUCUUCAAUGAUGUGGUGACGACACAUGGAUCAGCCCAGAAUUUGCCAUCUUCAUGCACUUCGAGACUGACACCAAGCAUGUGUUUUUUCCCUCAAAACAUGGUGCAGAAGAUACGCACACCACUUUUCAUAUUAAAUGCUGCAUAUGAUUCAUGGCAGAUAAAAAAUAUUUUGGUACCAGGUGUUGCUGAUCCUCAGGGUACGUGGCAUGACUGCAAGCUUGAUAUACAGCAGUGCUCUUCAUCUCAACUUCAAAUCAUGCAGGGUUUCAGGACACAAUUUCUAAAUGCACUGGCUGGAUUUGGGAGCUCUUCUUCUACAGGCAUGUUCAUAAAUUCUUGCUAUGCCCACUGCCAGUCAGAAAUGCAAGAGACAUGGCUAAGUUCUAAUUCUCCUGUGCUUGAGAAGAUACCAAUUGCAAAGGCAGUUGGAGACUGGUUUUAUGAUAGGAUUGCCUUCCAAAAGAUCGACUGUCCUUACCCUUGUGACUCAACAUGUCACAACCACAUCUUUGAGGACAAUUCGGAAGCAUAGCAAUUACAGUAUUCUCCAUUAUUAUUCUCAUUCAUCAUAGUACAUUUUUUGCAAUAAUUAAAAGCUCAAAAUUAGAGGAAAUAACAAACAAUUAUGUUUCCUAGAAUAAGGCAAGGCACAUCAGCACCAAAUUUUCGCUUGUCUUGCUUCAUGACUCAUGCAUUUGACAUUAUUCUUUUAAGGAGAAUGGAGGGGCCAGAUCCCAACUGGUGUUUUCAUUAAGGGAAUGUAUGGAACAAUAUAUCUAAAUAUCAAUCAAGUUCUUUAUUGCAAAGUAUCGUAUUGGCAAAAGAA